AUUGAUAAUGAAUUAUUUUUAGAGUCUUGUAAAUUCCAUCGGAUAAUGUUUUUGUAAUGUUUAGUAGCAAGUAUAAUUUCUAUACAGCUUCUCUCUCCGACAUUUUCAUUGGUCAGCAUUUGUACAGAACACAAGUGAAGGGCAAAGGAAAGAGAAAAAAAUGAGACAGAAACAAUGGAAAAUGCAACGAUGUACGCAUGGAGAGAGAGUGAGAGAAGACAGAAUCGGGGAGAAUCAGUCACGUGAUACAAAAUACACCGAUUUGAUUGGUUGAAAUAUUAGUUACCAUCUCUCCCCAAUUUAUGAAGACGCUUGCUCACCUUCUAAACGACCGUCGGCCUCAGAAUAGUUCCAGAUGUGGCCAUGUUUAGUUAAUAUUUGAAGUUUCUCUUAUUAAUCAAUAAUACAAUAAUUCAACCGAUUUGCUGCGAUCGCCAUUAAGAUUGUAACAAAAAAAUAACUCCAUCGUAUCUCCAGAGAAAAUAAAAAUAAUCCGUCGAUCGUACCUCUAUCGAUUGCCCAUUUAAAAUAAAAUAGACAGAAUACAAAUAUCAUUGGAUAUUUACGCGGUAGUUGAAAAUUAAUUUAUCGUUCAAUAUACUCGUACACUCGAGACGCUGCCAUUAAGUUGACAUAAAUAAAAACGAAAAACAAAAAAUUUUUUUUUCGUAAUUGUCUAUCCACGAAUAUUUAGAUAGAAGUUUAAACAUAAGGAAAUAUAACGUGAGAAGGCUUCUUCUGAAUUUAUUUUUCCGUGUUUCAAUUUUAUAAAAUUAUUUACUGUAUCUAAAGAUCGUGAUUUAUACUAGAAGUAAGUAAAUUAAAAAAAAAAAAAAAGACGUGUGAGAAAAAAAUUGCUUUGUUUCAUUUCUUGGUAAAGUUAAAAUAUCUGGGGUAUUUACGUCGUUAAAUACGCGCGGGCGCAAUGACAUGACACAAUAUAUAAUAUUUAGAGGACAAACAUAACUUGACUAUAAAGACAUACAUGUAGACACAGAUCACGUGAUAAGAGGGGAGAAGUACAGAGUAACGGAGCGCGCAUAUACGGGAAAGAACCAAGCCCAGACGUUGUAUUAACAUUCGACCACAUCGGUGAUCGGCCAUGCCACGUCAACGAGAAUGACGUUGCUGCUGCACGGUUUAGGAUAAAGGGGACAAACUAUAAUAUUAAAAUCGAAUUACGAUACUUAGAGACGGCACACAGUGUUAUCAAUCUAAUGAAAAAAUAAUUUAAUUAACUAAAUAAAUAAAUGUAAUAAAGUGAGGACUUGAAAAACGAGACACAUUAUAGUCAGAAUACGCGUUAAUAAGAAAGAGAGACAGAGAAAUAGAGGGAGCGAAAGAAAGAAAGAAAGGGACAGAGAUAGAGAACGGGCGUUGGUGGGAAAUAUAGAACAAAGAAAAAAGACGACAAGAAGCAGUUGAAAUACGAGAAGUAUAAAAACCCAUGGACACUUUUGUCCAUCGUUGGGUUUUCUUGUACGUGUUCAUCAUCACGAGAUCAACAAAAAGUUUGAAUAAUUAACAAAUAAUGAUUAAAUAAUUUAUGCGAGCACAAAAUUUAAAGGCGUUCGAGUGUCUAGUCAAUUGAUCGAAUGAGAUUAAUUAACUACUUCUCGCGGAUUUUGGUAAUCAAAUUAUAAAUAGAAAUAAGGGCAGUAUAAUAGCUUGAUCGACGGAUAAAUAGCAGUUUUAAAAAUAACAUAAUAAAAUACAGAGUCGAGUAAUCGAAUAUGGCACUUGAGAGUGUCACCGCGGCUGAGACUCUGAUUCAAAGCAAUGCAGAUGACGAUUUGGAGGACGGAGAAAUUCCUUCUGAUGAAGAUGAUGACUCAGCUGUACCUGUUGAAACGAAAGUCGAGCCACCUAAGCCUUCAUCAAAAUCAGAUUCAUCAAAGGACAAGAGUUCUGAUUCGAAAUCAAACAAUAAAUCUAGCAAUAAAAAAUCAUCGAAUAGCAGCUCUGGUAGCAACAAUAAAUCAGACCGAUUUGGGAAAUAUAAAAAUCCGUCCGAUGAUUGGGCGGGUGAUGUUGAAAAAGCUAUAAGAGCUGCUCUCGAAGAAAAUAAAUCGAAAAAUCAGGAUAAUAAAUCAAAAAAUAAAAGUAGUAGUAAUAAUAGUAGUAGUCGUUCCAGAAAUAAAAAAAGAACCCGUGAUGAUAAAGAAGAUGAUCGUGCUAAAGAUCAAAAGAGAAAAAAAAUUAGUGACGACGAGAAUAUCAAUGAUGAUGACGAUGAAAUGCUUUUCGUUAGAGGAGCAUCACCAGUUCGCCGUGAAAAUCGAGAAAGCUCUCCGCCGCCAUCCAGACGAUCACAUGAUCGAGAUAGCAUCGACAAUAAUUCAGAUCGUGAUUCUGAUGGGAGAUCUAGUCGACAUCGAGACCAUGAUAAACGAAGCACCUCUAGUGGUCGUGGAUCUAGUCGUCGUUCGAAAAAUGAUCGCGGAUGUAAAAAUAAAGCUCGUACACAAUUAAGAAAUGAACGAAGCGGUAGACGGAAUCAAAAUAAUGAUAAUGUCCAAGACGCUGAUUCUAUUUGUGUAUAUUAUAUGCAAGGUAAAUGCCAUCGUGGUGAUGAUUGCCCUUUUUCUCAUAAUGCAUUACCGCCACGUAAAAUGGAACUUUGUAAAUUUUAUCUUAUGGAUUGCUGUGCUAAAAGAGAUAAAUGCCUUUACAUGCAUCAUGAUUUUCCCUGUAAAUUUUUUCACACUGGUCUGAAAUGCAAUCAAGGUGAUAAUUGUAAAUUUUCUCAUGAACCUUUAAAUGAACAGGUAAAAAAUAUUCUUUUGAAGCAUCUUGAAACUGCUCCAAAAGAAAUUUUAGGUGAAUUUCCCCGACUCAGUAGAGAAGGUGCGUUAAUGAUGAUUAACAAUACAGCAAGAAAUUUAGCACAAGGUCAAGAUGCAAGUACUCAAAAAAUACCUAGUUUAUUUGAUGUUACACUACCAGCACCAACAAAUAAUUUGACAAAUAAUGAUAAAGACGAUGAUGGUUUAAAUCAUAUGGAUCAAUUAAAUCAUCAGAAAAAAUCAAACUCAUCUAAAGACCGUAAACCAGCUGGUAAAAAGACUCGCUGGGGUUCUGAUGAUGACAGAGUACCAUUGGAACAAAUAAUGUUACUUCAAUCAGUUAGUCAACUUGGUAUUCUUCCUAAUGUUGCACUCAGCCUUGCUGUUCAGCAACAGCUUCAGCAGCGUAUGCUAAUUCAACAGUGUUUUGCAAAUAUGGAUUUUUAUAAUGAGAUUCAAGGCAAUGCUUUAGUUGAAACAGAAGCAAAUAAAUUAAAAAAUAAACUUAAUUCUGAUAAUAAAGUUGAUGAAAAAAUCCAAGAACAAAUGAAACAGAGUAUUGUUCAGUCGCAAGAUGUAGAUUUACGUCAACUUUUAACUAAUAAUCCUCAAUCUUCACCAUCAGUAACUAAUGUAACUGAUCAAGUUACUAAUUCAACAGAAACUAAAGUCGAUGAGGAAAGUGAUCAUGAUGGAGAACCUGAUCUUGUUAUUGCUGUACCAACGGAUGAUGAUGAUAAAAAUAAAGAUAACAUAAAAGAUAAAAGCACUGAAGUAAAUGAAUUCGGUACAAAAAAAGAGUCUUCCUUAGAAAAAAUAGAUAAUUCUAAUAAUAAUCAUGAAAGUAAUCAGGAGAUGCUUCCUAAUUUGCCGAAAAAAGCUCAAGAAUUAUUUUUACGAAUUCAGCAGCAACAAAGAGCUGCUAAUGAUAGUAUUGGCAACGUUGAUGAUAAAUGUGCCGCUGAAGAUGCUUCAAAAAAUCAAGAUGAUUGGUAUUCCGAUGAUGAUGAUGGUGGUAAUGAUGAUGAUGACGACGAUGAUGAUGAUGAUGAAGGUGGUAAUUUACAAAUUGUUAUUAAAGAUAAUUUAAAAGAUGAAAGUGAAAAAAGUGAUUUAGAUACUCCAACAAAAGAAAAUCCAAUAGUUAUAGAACCUGUUGGUAUUCCUCAACCUGCUGUUAUAGUUGACAAAUUAGGUAAUCUUAGUAAAAUAGACAUAAGUGCUGAAGUAACAAAAUUACUUUCAUCGAUAAAACCACAAGGAUCAUUAUCAAAAAAGAAUUCCGGAGUUGAGUCACCGUCAAGAAGUAAUGACAGUAAAAAUAAUAAUUCAUCUUCAGAUAAUACUGAAAAAGUAUCAUUGAAAAAAUCGGAAAAUGGAAGUAUGAGUCCUAAAUCAUCAUCAAACGCUGGAUCAGUUUCAAGAGAUCCAAGAAUGUCAAGAGAUCCACGUCAACGACGAACUGAAGAGACAAGAACAAGUAGUCCUAGUCGAUCUGAUUCAAAAAAAGAAUCACAAUCUCUCCGACUAGAAACGAGUAUUUAUUCAUCAGGAAUUACUGCGUCUGAUGAAGGAAUAGAUGCAGAUUUUCGAGCACAUGAUCAAGAUCACCGAAGACCUGAUUUAGAUCUUCGUCAACGUUAUCAGCAGGACUUUGGUGAUACGGAUUUACGAGUAGCAGCUGGUAAUUUUAUGGAACCACAAGUUGGUUCUGAUGUUGAUCUUAGGCAAAUGUUGAGUUUACCAUUUAAACCGGCCCCAUCACACGUUCCAUGUACGGAAAUCGAUGCUAGUAUUGCAUCUCAUGCUCCAGUAUCAUAUAAAGUAUACGUCGUUGAUAUUCCUCGACCAAAUUACAGCGGAUUAAAAUUGACUAAAAAUGAUUCACUUGUUAAAUAUGAUCCUCGUCUACGUAAAAUAUUCCGUCUGUCUCAAUCAGAUAUUGUAGAUUCACCUAUGUCACCACCACCUGUAAAACCUGAUACACCAAAAUCACCACCACCACCACCACCACAAGUACGAAUGGAUCCACGUAGAAAAGCUCUUGAAAUAACAAUGCAAUCUUCACAAGCUAUUGGAUCGAGUGGAAUUAUGGGUCUAGGAAUAGGUUCACAACAACAAUCACAAGACAUAUCUAUGGGAAUAACUGCUUCAGGAAUGCAAUCAUCAACUGGUAUGGGAAUGGCAAUGGGACAGAAUUCAAUGAUGAAUAAUAUUGGACUGAUGAAUCCUAUGAUGAAUAAUUCUAUGCAACCACAAAAUAUGACACCUCUUGGUAUAGGAGGUAUGGGAAAUAUUUCAUCAAUGGGACCAAAUAAUUCUCCAAUAGUACCUAAUCAAAUGGGAUACGAUCCACGAUACCAAACACACAGAAAUGGAGGUCCAGGUUUACUUGGACCAGCACCUGUUCUGGGAUUUUCUGAUCCACGUGACGGUCCUAAUUAUGACGGACCAUCUUAUCCUGCAAGUAAUUUUGGUAAUUUUGGACCAAAUUCAAUGGCUAAUGAACCAAUGAUGUCUUAUGGUCCAAAUGGUCCUAAUAAUAUGAAUUUCGGUAAUAAUGGACAAUCUGAUUGGGCAAAUAACAACCAGAAUUCAAUUAGGCGAGGUGGAAGAAUAAGAAGAAGGAAUCGAAAUCGAACAAAUGCUGGAUCAAGAAAUAAUAGAUCACCUCCUUAAAUUAAAUUUUCUAUUAUAUAAAAAAAAAACAUUUUUAUAUUAUGUCGAGUAGAAUAGAUCGCCUUUAUGAUUUUACAAAAAAAAUCUAUAAAUAAAGAUAUUUAAAUAAAUUAUAUGGACAAUUUAGUUUACAAAAAAUAUUUGGAAAUGGAAGCAAAGUAAUAUUUUGCUUCAUUUCUUUUUUUUUCUUUUAAAUUUACAAAUGAGCAUUAAGUUCAAUUAUUAAUAUUGUAAAGUUAAUUAGUAUUGUAAUAAGUAAUUGUAAUUUUAAAUUAGAAUUUUUAUAGUGCAACCUUACUCAUAAUACAAACUUCCAAUAAUAUUCAAAACUCAUUAAGAGUUUAUUGAAAAUAAAAUAAUAUUGAAAUUAUUAAUUAAUACAGUGAAACGUAAAGUUCGUUUUCAUGAUUAUUAGAACUAAAUAUUAUUAUUUAAUAAGUAAACAUUAAUUUAUACUUGUAAAUACAAGAAGAAGCUUAAGGUUAUUCUUGUAAAAAUGAAAAAAUAAAAAUAUUUACAAAAUCAAUUAUCAAGUAGAAAAAACAAUCUGAUUGCGUCAUUUAAAUCAAUUUGUAAUUAUUUUAAGAAAACAAUUUCUAAAUUUAAAUAAAUUUUAUGUAUUUUCUUUUUUUUUUCUUGUGUUGAAAUCACGUAUGAAUUUUUUUCAUUAGAUAGUAAAGAACAUAAAAUACAUGACGUUAAUCAGUAUCUUAAAUAUAAUCAGAAAAAACACGAAACACGAGCAGGAUAUUAGAUUUAAUUAAUUAUUUCUUUAUAUAUACAUUAAUAAACUAAUGAAUAUCAAUGUUAAAAAAAUUUUAUUUUUUUACGUCUAUCAAAUGUACAUAAUAUAGUAAAUAAUGAUGCAUCUUAAAGUUGUUAAUAUUCAAAAUAUUAUUUGAUAGGAAAAUUAAGUUUAAUGUAAAUUGAUAUUUGUUAAAUAUAUUAAUUAAUAUAUUAUUUUAUGAUUAUUAUUAUUCAAAUUUAACUCUACUGUAAAAUUAUGCAAUAUGUAUAGCCUACGAUAAUCAACGAAUUAAAAUAAAAACAUGUAUCCAUCUCAAGACAUUUUAUAUAGGAUUUAUAAUAAAUUUAAAAAAAAAAUUGAAUUAAGUUUUUUUACAAGACAAGAGAAAAUAAUUCUCUAAUUAAAUUAUGAAAAAUAUCUGUGAUCAAUAUUUUCAUUUUAGAAAAAAAAAUUUUUAUUAGAAUAAUUUUUUAAUUUUAAAAUUAAUAACUAAAAUGUCGGAGUUUUUAACUUUUAAAAUGAAAAAUUUGUAAUAAUCGAAUUAAAAAUCAACUCAAAGUUAAUUAAAUCUUAUUAUGAAUAAUUUAUGUCUUCCACAUUUAUGUAUAAUUUUAUUAAUUACGUAAAUAUGACAAGGCCAAAAAAACUUUUCAUAACGAGAUUUGUACUAUUGAUUUUCUGACACAACCUUUUUUCUUUUAUGUGAAAAAUAAUUAACAAAGGUUGUGUUAGAAAGUCAUGGAUAUAUAUUUUUGUUUGCAACAAAUUUUAACUUUAAAAAUAAUUAAAAUCGAUAGAAAUUGUUUUAUUUUAAUAAAAUAAUUUGAAUGGAAUAAUUAAUAUUAUAUCUAUGGACAUUGUUAUUAUUUUAUAAUUACAUUGUAUUGAUGUUUAAUUGUUUUUUAGUUUUACAGUUAUGAUUAAAUUUGGAUAAAAAUUAUCACGUUUACCUACAAUGUAUUUGUACAAAAAUUUAUAUUUUUUAUUUAAAGAAAAAUAAAAAAUUUACUUUAUAACAGACACCAAUAAUCCAAUCAAUAAAAUCAUUUAAUCAAUGAGUAACAGCACUGAGAGGUUCUGCACGGAUUGAUCUUAAUUUAAGUUUUGAAUCUACCUCAUCAUCCAGUUCUCCGAUUAUUGCUCUAAAAUAUUUAAAAAAAUAAUAACAUUAAAAACUAACAAACAUACAUUAGUUAUUAAAAGUAUCAACUAAUAUAAUUUACUUACACAUUAUCACCUCUAAUUAUAUGUAGACCUAAAACAACUUGUUCAACACCCUGUGUCAUACUGUAUACUCGUUCAUGAGAAUCAUCAAGAAUUAAAUUAAUUGUUUGAUCAAAUCCUUUUAAUGUUCC